AUGAAUCAGUUAGACAGUGAACAACGGGGGUCAUCAUCAACAAAACCGUUGGUGACACAUGUGACACCCGACCAUGGUUGGGCGUGGGUCAUAUCGAUAGCAUGUGCUGUGAUUAAUGGCAUAACAUUUGGUUUGGUCCGUUCCUAUGGUGUCCUAUUUUUUCAACUCCGAUCUACUUAUCAAUUGAGUCGGGAGUCGGCCAUCUGGCCCUUCUGUCUGUGCACUUCAUUCACUUAUCUAUCGGGACCAGUGGCCGGUAUAUUACUGAAUCGUUAUACUAUGAGAACCAUUGUAUUCAUCGGUGGUUUUAUAGCUGGAGUCGGUAUUAGUUUGUGUUAUUUUUCGACAACAAUUUUAGAGAUUACUUUAUUAAUUGGCAUUGUUCAGGGUUUCGGUAUUGGUCUAUCAUUUAUGCAGACACCAGUCAUAUUGGCCCAGUAUUUUCAAAAAUACAGAGCCACAGCUACUGCCAUUUCCUAUGCCGGCGGAACUAUUGGUUCAUUUAUAUUCCCGCCGGUACUCGACUACUUACUCGAUCAAUACGGUCUCAACGGUGCCUUCCUAUUGAUUGGCGGUAUUUUACUCAAUUCAUUACCGUUUGCCCUAUUGUUACGGCCGCCCACACCCAACGAAACCAAAGUCAACAAACUGUGGAAAGGAGUACACAAACAACUGUCCACAGCAUUAGGUGAUCAGCAAAAAGGCAAUAAAUUGAUAUCAAAUCAACAAGAGAUGAUUGCACUGAAAACGACACAAAAAUCUCUAAAUAAAUCACUGCUUUCCCGAUACACAACUGUCUGCCAAAAGACCAUUCAUACCACUGAUGACAUAAACGAUGCGCCGAUGAAAACAAUCGCUGCGACAUUGAUUAACAACUGCGAGGAUUUAGAAGAAGAUAUCUAUACUAUAAACCAUUUGACAGCUAUAUUAUCUGAUCCACAGAAUUGUGUUUGCGUUGAGAAAGAUAUAUAUUUUUAUAACGAAUGUAUCGACACUCUGGUCACUGAAAAGGGUGUCCAAACCGAUAACCAAUUGACUGAAUGGCAAAAAUUUUGGCAAAAUUUUGUAGCUGUCAUCAGUAAUCCAUUGUAUUUGAUACUCACUAUAACUCACGUAGCGUUUCAAUGGUGUUGGAUGACACACCAGAUGGUUAUCAUUGACUUUGCCAUUGAUCGGGAAAUGUCUAGUUUUAAAGCUGUUGUCUUAUUGAGUUCCUUCGCCAUCGCCGACCUAUUCGGACGACUGGCUUCUGGAUUAAUAGCUGAUCGUCGUUUGGUACGCAAACGAAACAUAGUGUCCGUCUGUAUCCUAUUGAUCGGUGCACUCAUAUUCAUGACACCGGUUGCCCACAACUUUGCGGUGUUGUUAUCAAUGACCACUUUUCUCGGGUUUGUAUGCGGCAGUAUUAUCGUACUGUUCAGUGUACUGACUAUGGAGUACGUAGGCCUCCAGCACUUGCCUAUAGCUCUGGGCAUAUCAUCACUUAUAGUAGGCCUGACCACACUGACACGUCCACUGAUUGUCGGUUAUUUUCGGGACACAUAUAACUCGUACGAUGGCCUGUUUCACUGUGUCGGCACUUUGGCUCUUUUGGCCGCACUUUUGUGGCUAUCGGAACCUUUCGCCCGACUAUGGGUUGACCGACAGUCCAAAUAUGGCACUGGAUUUAAAAUAAGCGUAAUUUAA